CGCCAGUUGUCAGAUAUUUCACAAUGACAUUGUUUGCUCCAAAAUAUUAUGGGAGAUCCUCAAAGCAGGAACACUACUAGUAACAGGAGUUACAAAGCAAUUGUAGAUGUCUAAACAACAAAGAAUUUAAUUCGUAUUCCGUCUGGCUGUACCAGGAAUCUAGAAGUAUAUCCUAGGAGGAAUAAGGAAACCUCUUGCUCGAUUAGUUCUAACUGCCAUGACAUCAUAGAAAUCCAUUUGGCAUUACCACAACCAGAACAGCAAACAUUUGGAAACUUUUCAUCUGACUUUGGAGCUUUACUGCAAAACGCACACAGGAAAGGAAUCAGAACAAUUUCCUUGGAGACCGGAGACUUUCUCUCAGCUUUCUCCUAACCAACAUGAGCCCACUCAUCUGGACUUUGUGCCUGCUGCUAAUUAGUCUCAUAUCUGCAGGAGGAAACAGACAACAGCUCCAUGCCGAAAGCAACACUGAAAUGCACACUGUUGCUCAUAAUCGAUACAGGCGUUCACCUGAUACCAGCAACAAAUGCUCUUACACUUUCUUGGUUCCACAUCAAAGGAUAACAGGUCCUAUCUGUGUAAGUUCAAAGAGUCCAGAUACAGACAACCAUGGGAUAAAUAAAAUGGAUGUGGAAGAACUGAAGGAGAUUAUGUCCAAACAGAAGAGGCAAAUUGAAAACCUUCAGCUGUUAGUGGAAGUGGACGGAGGAAUAGUGAAUGAGGUGAAACUGCUGCGGAAGGAGAGUCGGAAUAUGAACUCACGUGUAACACAGCUUUACAUGCAGCUCCUACAUGAAAUUAUUCGCAAAAGGGACAAUUCGCUGGAAAUCUCUCAGUUGGAAAACAAAAUUCUGAAUUCCACAGCUGAGAUUCUGCGAAUGGCUACCAGAUACAGACAACUGGAACAGAAGUAUGCAGUAUUGUCUGCUCUUGUUAAUAAUCAAUCUGUGAUCAUAACUAAACUAGAACAGGAAUGCAUACGUAGUCUUACUCCAAAGGAAUAUGAACCACCACCUCUUGUACAAGUUGUACCACAAUCCAUACCUCGCAGCAGGCAAUAUCAGACCAAUUUAUUUGGCAGUAAUGAAAUACAGAGGGAUCAAAAUCCUGCAUUUGCCCGGGAACGAGGGCUUCGCUCGAAAGCACCUUCACAUGAACCUUCUCCUACAACUUCUACCAUUACAGAAUCACCAGUUACUGAAGGGUUAGAUGGUCCGUGGAAGGAUUGUUACCAUGUCCAGCAGGCUGGAUAUGCAAACAGUGGCAUGUAUCUAAUCAAAACAGAAGGCACCGAUAAACUAAUACAAGUUUGGUGUGACCACAGCCAUGACCAGGGAGGCUGGACUGUAAUCCAGCGUAGGGUUGAUGGGGCAGUCAACUUCUUCCGGAACUGGGAGAACUACAAGAGGGGAUUUGGUAACAUUGAUGGAGAACACUGGCUUGGACUGGAGAACAUUUACAGACUAACUGCACAGGGAAACUACAAGUUACAUAUUAAAUUGGAAGACUGGAAUGACAAGAAAGUCUAUGCUGAGUACAAUACCUUUAGAAUAGAGGAUGAAGAUGAUAAUUACAGACUACAAGUUGGGAGCUAUCAAGGGAAUGCAGGAGACUCUUUAAUAUGGCACAAUGGCAAGCAGUUUACAACACUUGACAGGGACAGAGAUUCAUACUCAGGUAACUGUGCGCAUUUCCACAAAGGUGGCUGGUGGUACAAUGCUUGUGCACAUUCUAAUUUGAAUGGAGUUUGGUACCGAGGAGGUCAUUAUCGCAGCAAGUACCAAGAUGGAGUUUACUGGGCUGAAUUUCGAGGGGGUUCCUAUUCUCUGAAAAGUACGGUAAUGAUGAUCAAGCCUGAAUAACGUUCAAGAAGAAAUCACAUGUUCCCAAAGGGUACAACUACGAAAACCUAGACUCAAAUGUAGGGUUCUUUCAAAAGCAGAACAUGUGCUUUGUUAAAGAAGCAACUUGUUUAGCAACAUUGAAAAAAAAUCACUUAAUAUUGCUCCUAAAUAUAUGGUUUCAUUACCUUUUAAAAUGCUAGAGGAGAAAGCAAGGAUCCACAUGACAUUAUUAUGUGCAUCUGUACUCAAUACUCACUGGCACUAUGUUGAACAACUACCAUCCUGAAGGAAAUAUUGCCCUUCUCAUAAAGGAAGGCAUUAGGUAUAUCCGAUGAUUUUAAUCAGAUUAUACUAUAACCCAACAAAAUCAGUUAUGACUAAUAUUUGGAUGUAUACUAAUGUUGUAUUUUAUUAUACAGACAACAUUUUGUUUAAUAAUCUGCUGUUGGACAUAUCAGCUUUAUUAUGGACAUUUGGAGAAUCCAUAACACUUCAUUUUAACACUGAUAUUAAAUGGUUAGGUUGAAAUAAAUACAUUAAGCCUUUCAUGAAUCAGAGUUUAACUUUAUAAUCGAAAAAAAUCCAGAAAUUCCCAGAUUACAAGGAAAAGUCUAAGUCACAUGAUCAAAAGAGCCUUCAUAUUCUCCUUAAGACUAACAUCUGAAAGCAAGACUAAGUUUAAAUAAUUGUUCUCUCUGAACAGUUAUUCCUAAUACCAAAACAUGGAUAAUAGGAACUGCAGAUGCUGGAGAAUCCAAGAUAACAAAGUAUGAAGGUGGAUGAACACAGCAGGCCAAGCAGCAUCUCAGGAGCACAAAAGCUGACGUUUUGGGCCUAGACCCAAGGUGUUCAUCCAGCUUCACACUUUGUUAUCUUAACCAAAACAUGGAGCAGUUUUUAGCAAUGAACACCACAUUGCCUCUAAAAGAGCAAUAAGUCUGCACUAACUUAAGUCACAUGCUGAUAGCAACAAAAGUGUUGACUUAAAAUACAGCUGAACGCUAUGAAAACCAUCUACUCCAACAGUGUGUGCUUCUGCUGUGAAAGUACAUCUGUACAGGUCAGAAACGUCUGGUAGAAAAGUGCUGGUGUAACUCUCAUGAAGGGUAAAUCUGGAGUAAACAUGGCCCCAAAUUUAUUUUUGUCAAAUGUUUUAAAUCCUGAUCAAAAAAGCAACUUUCAAUUUAAAAAAAAAGUAAAAUUCAUCCUUAAAUCUCCUUUCCUUAAAAAGGUUAUCAUAUUAUGCAUGCACAAAGUAAUGUAGAUUUAUGCAAAUCAAGCAAGUUUCACAGAAAUAUCUAUUGAAAAGAUGACUGCAGCAGUGGGUUUAUUCAUGAAUUUGGGAACAUAAAAAGAAAAGCAAGAAUGAAAAUAUUCUGAAUGACCUUUAAUGCCUUUUAUUUUGUGAAUGUUGCAAAUGAAUUCAAAUUGUAUCACUGUUUUUAAGAGAUGUUUCUUUUCUUGUAUGUGUUAAAUUGACGUUCCAUCCAUUAAUUAAGCUCAUCUUAACAGGUAUAAAGUUAAAAGUUGCAUUCUGGUUUUAUCUUCGGUAUGCUGUCACAUAUCCUUUCUUCAUUCACGAAAUGAGGGUGUCGCUGGCUAGGGAGCAUUUAUUGCCCAUCCCUAAUUGCCCACAGGGCAGUCGAGGAUUCAACAGAUUGUUGUGGGUCCGGAGUCACAUGUAGGCCAGACCAGGUAAGGAAGGCAGUUUACUUCCCUAAAGGACAUUAGAGAAACAGAUAGGUUUUUCCUGACACUCGACAAUAGAUUCAUGGUAAUCAUUAGAUUCUUAAUUCCAGAUAUUAAUUGAAUUCAAAUUCCACCAUUUGCUGUGGUGGGAUUCAAACCUGCGUCCCCAGAACAUAUACAUGCCCUGCCAUGGUAACUCCAUCACCAUUCAUAUUAAAGUUUUUGAACUGUUUUAAUCUUCACUCACAGUUCAUCCCCUAUAAAACUGUGACUAGUAUUUUGGCUUUUUUGAUGAUGCCAUUUUUAAUGCUUAUACAUCUUUUUUCAAGCCGAGUGUCCAGAAUGGAAGAUGUACCUCUACUUUGAUUUGGCUUACGAGCUGUAAAGGUCCAACCUACUGCAUGGAGAGUGAACAUGUACAUACAAAUGGUUAUGUUGACAUUAUAUGUCAACUUGCAUUAUCAGGAAAUUUGAGUUCAAGAGUAAAGAUAUCUUUUUCAAUUUACAGAGCCUUGGUGAGACUCUAUUGAGCACUGUGCACUGUUUUGACCUCCUUAUCAAUGGAAAGGUAUACUUGCCACACAGGAAGUCCAACAAGUUAUCACACCAUCUCUGGGGUGGUUGGAUUGUCUUAUGUGCGAUGGAAGAUGCUGGCCCUUUGAAACAUACAGAAUUAUGCAAGUGGAUUUAGAUAGGGCAUUUCCCCUAAUUGGUUAGUCUAGAACCAGGGAACAUAGUCGCAGUAUAAGUUGUAGGCCAUUUAAGAUUGGAAUGUGGAGGAAUUCCUACACACAAAGGUUGCUGAAACUUUCAAAUUCUUUAUCCCAGAGAUACAUAGGAUUCUGAAUACAAAUAACAGAAAGAUACAGGAAUAGCACAUUGGAGAGGGUUCAGAAAAGAUUUACCAGGAUGUUGCCAGGACUGGAGGGUUUAAGUUAUACGAAUAGGCUGGGACAUUUUUCAGUAGGGCAUAGAAAGUUGAGGGGUGACCUUAUAGAGGUUUAUAAAAUUGUGUGGGGCACAGAUAAGGUAAAUAGAAAAGGUCUUUUCCCUCAGGUGGGAAAGCAAAGGUCUUUUCCCUCAAAACUAGGGGUAUAUUUCUAAGUCAAGAGGAGAAAGAUUUAAAAAGGGACCCGCAUUGCAACUUUUUAAUACAGUAGGUGGUGCUAGAGGAAGGGGUAGAUAUAGUUAUAGUUACAACAUUUUAAAGAAAUUCCGAUAUGUACAUCAAUAGGAAAGGUUUGGAGGGAUAGGGCCAAAUGCAGACAAGUAGGAUUAAUUUAGUUUGAGAAACCCGGUCAGCUUGGAUAAGUUAGUCUGAAGGGUCUGUUUCAAUAGUGUAAAACUCCAUGACUCUAAAUUAUACUAAGAUAGCUGAUCAGCCAUGAUUGUAAUUGGAUGGCAGAGCAGGUUCAGUGAGCUGAAUGGCUUUGUCCUGCUCCUAUGAUUCUACUCUUACCUUUACUUUCUAAAUGGAAUUAGACAAGCUGGCAUUUCAGUCUUUAAAUUUUUUUAGCUAUAAAAAUAUCCAAAAAACAGCUUUGAGAAUAUCCCUUGUUUAAACAUGCAUGAGCAUCUGAAGAUUCACCUGCUGAACUCUUUCAGUGUGAGACGACAGCAGACUAUCACUCAUCCAUUAUCUUAUAUGGGAGUUAAAUCCCAAAUUGCGAAUAAAAUUAAGGCAAGUAUACCACGUGUGAAUAAUUUUCUAAGUCUAAAGCAAACAGUUAGGCUUAUCCUUUAACUGUUAGAACUGCAACAAGUUUUGAAGGAUGGAAAGAAGUGAAAUGUAAAGUCAGUGGAUAACACAACUGCAGCGUAGCUGUCCUAUCUGUGGCUGGCUCAAGGCUUUAACGUGUAUUAGUGUAAUGAGAUCGAAAUUAUUGGGAAUAUCAAAAAUACAAAUUUAGUGUAUUUUAUGUAUUCACCCUUAGCCAGUUGUUCAGGAUAAUUAUCCAUUUAAGGUUGAAAUUUCAAUUAAUCAGAGCAAGCUUUACAAGGCAUCUGGUCAUUGUGCCACAGUGAUAGUGUUUCUUCAUUUGUAUAUAAUCACAUAAUAAAUCACUGCAAGGAUAGCAGAUAAUAAAAUGUGAGGCUGGAUGAACACAGCAGGCCAAGCAGCAUCUCAGGAGCACAAAA